AUGGUGACUUCUGGACUUUCUCCGCUUGCAACAAUCUUUAGUGUAACAUCAGUAAUUCCAAAAGCAGGAGGCGUUCCCCGCGUCGGAACACAAAAGAAAAGUGGAACAGUAUUUGAUAGUAAUUUCACAGAUUCUUAUUCUAAUCGAUCUGAACAAGCAUGUUUAUAUGGAUAUAGUGAGUGUCGUUAUAAUGCAACAUGUACUGAACAAAAUGAAUGUCGAUGUAUAUUCAGUUGCUCUGAUAAUCGUCAAUCUAUUGAGUACGAAAAUAAAUGUCGACUUGCUCAAGAUAUAUGCAAGUCAUACUAUGAAAAAAAAGAUUUGACAUGCUCAUCAAAAAUCUGUUCUCAUGGGGCAAAAUGUGUAAUAAACGAUAAUGGUUUGCCUCGAUGUGAUUGUCCAAAUAAUUGUAAUGAAUAUAUUCAAACAAUAUCAUCUGAUGGAUUAGUUUGUGGUAAUGAUCAUGAAACUUAUGAAACAAUUUGUGAUCUAAAUAAAAGAGCAUGUCAAAUACAACAAAAUUUAUAUCCUGCUUAUCUAGGCAGAUGUCAAAAUUGUCAAAAUUCCAGUUGUAUUUCAAAUAAUCAAAAAUGUGAUCCUUAUAUUGAUUGUUCAUCUGAAUAUUUACCAUUAUGUGCGAGUAAUCUUCAUAAUUAUUCAAAUGAAUGUGAAAUGCAAAAAUAUGCUUGUCAAUCAAAUAUAAAUCUAACAAAAUUACAUGAUAGAAUAUGUUAUCCUGAUGAAGAACAACAACUACGCAGAGCUUGUGGAACAAUCAAUUGUUUAAAUGACAAAACAUGUAUGAUUGAAAAUGGUAUGGGAGUAUGUCGAUGUUUAUUUAAUUGUUCAUCAGAAAAAAUUCAAAUAUGUGCUUCCAAUGGUCUUCUGUAUCAAAAUUUAUGCGAGAUGAAACGUGAUGGAUGUACACGUGAUGAAAAUCUUACACCAAUUAAUACUUCAUAUUGUCUAUCAAUAUGUGAUAAAAUUUAUUGUCCAUAUGGUCAAUGUAAACAUCAGUCUACAGAUCAAAUUGAAUGUGUAUGUAAACAAUGUUCAACAAAAUAUUCUGAACAUGAAAAAAUAUGUGGAGAUAAUGGUUUUACAUAUCCAACGCAAUGUUUACUUGAAUAUGAUGCGUGUAAGAAACAAAUCGAUAUAAAACCAAAACAUAUGGGACGAUGUAAUAAUUGUCAAAAUAUUAUAUGUCCAUAUCAUGGUUAUUGUCAAUCGGAACAAGGAAAUUAUACAUGUAAAUGUCUAACAAAAGCGAAUUGUUCAACUAUAAGAAAUAACAAUUCUCAACCAAUAUGUGGAAGUAAUCGGGAAUUAUUUUAUAGUCAAUGUGAAAUGGAUAUACGUUCAUGUGAAUUAAAUACACAUAUUUAUACUAUUUCACCUCAGGAUUGUAUUCCAGAUAAAGAUCAACCUGAAUAUACUUCUGAAUGUGGUUAUGAUGAAUUAUUAAUAGAUUUAAAAACAAAUCAUUAUAUUGAAUGUGGUACAUCUAAACAAUGUCCAAUAAAUAGUUAUUGUAAUAAACAAACGAAUCGAUGUUGUAUAAAAAUUAUUAAUGCUAUUUUACCAUAUCGAAAGUGUUUAUCUGAUGAAUAUUGUGGUCGGAAUAUGAUUUGCUCAUAUGGUCUUUGUCAAUGUGCUAGAAAUGAUAUGAUACCAGCAAGGAAAAAAAGAGAAUGCAUUGUGUUACCAUCGUAUAUAUCUGGUAAUUCAACAUGUAGUAUGUCUCCAUAUGGAUGCUGCAGGGAUAAAGUUACGAUUUCACCUACAUUUGAUCGACAUGGUUGUCCAGAAUAUUGUAACUGUCAUCCAACUGGUUCAUUACGAUCAUCGUGUGAUCCAAAAACAGGUUCUUGUUAUUGUCGACCGGCUGUUGAUGGAUCGCAUUGUUCAUAUUGUGAAAGCGAAUACUGGGCUUUUUCUCGUAUAUUAACACAUAAUAAUACUGGCUGCACUCCUUGCGGUUGUCAUCCAUAUGGUUCAGUACGAAAAGAUUGUUCACAAGAUACUGGACAAUGUUUAUGUCAUUCAUAUACAACCGGUCGUCAAUGUGAUAAAUGUAUUGAUUUAUCAUUAACAUUAACUGAUGGUGGAUGCGUUAAUUUAAAUAAAAAUCGUCGUCGUCGUCAACGAACAUGUCAAGAUUUAAUAUGUCGUUUUGAUGGCAUAUGUCAAAUAUCAAAUGAUCAUCCUUAUUGUGCAUGUGAUCAUAUGAUUUGUACUGAUGAUGAACGAGAUCCUAUGGAUAUUUGUGCUUCGGAUGGACGAACUUAUAAAUCAAAAUGUGAUAUAAAACGACAACAAUGUUUAAAACAAUAUGAAAUUAUUUUUAUGUAUGCAGGUGUUUGUCAUGGCGAUGAAGAUUUGCAGUUAGAAGAAAAUAUUAUUUUCGAAGAAGAAUUAUCUACCAUACCGAUUGAUUCAAAACGAUGUAUAAGCAAUAUUGAUUGUGGAGAAAAUAUGGUUUGUUUAUCAGAAUUUUGUGAAUGUGCAAAACAAAAAUAUCAACGUAUACCUGGACCACGUUGUAUAAUGCCUAAAUUAAUGUCCAUAGAUUCAAAUAAGACAAUUAAUUCUAUUCGUCGUACAUCAAAUGAUGUUUGUAUUCAAGGAAAUCAAUGUAAAAAUCAUGGUAUAUGUCAAGAUCAAUCAAAUGGAAGUUAUGUAUGUUUAUGUACAUAUGGAUGGACAGGAACUCAUUGUAAUGAAAAAAUUGAAAUAAAUUUUCCACAUUUUAAUCGUCAAUCUUAUUUUGAAUUAAAUUCAUUAACAUUAAUCAAAUAUAUUGAACUUAUAUUUGCAACAGAACAUACUAAUGGUUUACUUUUAUAUUCUCAUGAUAAAUUAAAAGAAUUUCAUUUUAUUGUUUCCAUACGAAAUCAAAUUAUUGAUAUAACUAUUCGUUCUCUUCGUUUUAUUUCUACAAUUCAAUUAUCAAAUAAGAUCAAUCUUAAUACUUAUGUUCGCUUACAAAUCUAUAUUUUAUAUAAUGAAAUACAAGUCAAAAUAGACAAUGGAACUAUUUUAUCAAGAUUAUUAUCAUUUGAUAUUCAAUUGAAAGAUAGAUUAUACUUAGGUGGAUUACCAGUAUCUUUGCAAUCUGUCUAUCAACAAUAUAAUGUUGAUGAUGGUUUUCAAGGUUGUAUUCAUGAAUUUUCAAUUAAUGGUAAACAAAUAAUGUUUAAUAAUUCACAAUUAAUUACUCAAAAUAUUAAUGAAUGUACAAUGAAUCCAUGUCGAUCAAUAAAAUGUCAACAUGAAAAUCGAUGUUUACCAGUAACAAAUAAUGAUAUGAAUAAUUAUAAAUGUUUAGACAAUAAUUAUGCAUUAAUUGAUCGAUGUUUAAUGAAACCAUGUAUGAUCAAUCAACAAUGUAUUCAUGUCUAUCCAAAUGAUUAUCAGUGUAUUUGUUUAAAUUGUUCAUCUGAUAAUCAAUAUAUUGCGGAAUUUCAUUCGAAUAGUUAUAUUAAAUAUGUACCAUUUGAAUCAUUAGAAAAUACCGGCAAAUUUAAAAUUGAGCUAUGGUUUUUAUCUGAAAAUUCAUCAGGUUUAUUGUACUAUAGCGAACAUAUCAAUUCAAAAAAGGGACAUAUGAAACUUUAUAUACAACGAAGAAUGCUUAUAUUUAAUAUGAUCAUUGGUAGUAAAAGUAUUUUACUCAGUUCUCGAUAUCCAAUCGAAUUAAAAACAUGGCAUCAAUGUAUAAUUGAAAUUUAUGGUCAAAAAAUCACCUUCAUUGUCAAUCAAGAAUCACCUGUUAUUUCAUAUGAAUUAUUUUCUUCUAAUAUUUUAUGGCCACGUUCAUUUACAUUUAUUGGUAAUCUACCUAAUCAAUAUCGAUCAACAAAUUCUCAUAUAAUCGAAGGAUUUCAAGGAGCAAUUCAAAAAGUUAUUCUCAAUAAUCAUUCAAUAAAUGAUAUACGUCAUAAUGCAAUUGAAUUAUUUAAUCUAUCUGAAUAUUAUGGUUAUCCUUGUCAAUCAAAUCCAUGUCCAUCAAAUCAACAAUGUUAUCAACGAGAAUUAAAUAAUUAUACUUGUAUUGAACAAUCCAAACAUCACGAUGCAUCACUUGAACUUGAUGGAACAGUGAAUGUUAUCUAUUCAUAUACACCUUUGAAUUUAAAUCGAAAUUAUUUCGAUUUAUUAUUGAAAACAAAACAUUCAUCUGGUCUAGUUUUUUAUAUAGGUGAAACAUCUAUUUCGUUUUUCUCGAAAUAUUUAUCGUUGAUACUUGUUAAUGGAUUUUUACAAUUUGAAACAAAAAUUGAUAUAAAUUCCAGUGUUGUUGUUGUAAAAUCUAGAAUUCGAAUUGAUGAUGGUAGAUGGCAUCGUGUAGAAAUAGAAAGAUUCCGUCGUCGUAUUAUCAUGAAACUUGAUGAUAGUCAUCGCUAUCAAACUGUAUUAUUAAGUAAAGAAACAGAGUUUUAUCCCAAUCCAUCGUAUAUAUAUAUUGGUGGUUAUAAUCGAUUAUGUAAUUAUGAUGAACAACAUUGUCGAUCAUAUCGUGGAUGUUUAAAUAAUAUUACUAUUGAUCAUAAUUAUCUUAGUUUAAUAAAAGGUGAUAUUAAUCAACAUCGUCUAUUAAAACCAUGUUCUUCUAAUUUGACUAAAUAA